AUGCUCUGCGUCCUCAUUGCCUCGCUCACCAUUGCUAGCGCUGCUAUGGCAGCGGUGCUUCCGAGCCAACGCGACUCCGUUAUAUGGGUUGCGCAAGGCUGCUACACCGACACAAGCACGUCCCGAACCCUUGCCUCCAGCUCCGCCGCAAGCACGAACAUGACCAUCGAGAACUGCAUCAAGGUCUGCUCCGACGGCGGGUACAACCUUGCUGGUGUCGAGUUUGCCGAUGAAUGCUACUGCGACUAUACCUUCCAGUCCACCGGCAUCAUCGCACACAGCCAGGAUUGCAACCUACCCUGCAGCGGAAACAAAAACGAAAAAUGUGGAGCGGGCAACUACAUUGAUGUAUACUGGAAUGGCCAUCCUUUCCCCGUCGCGCCGCCCACCGCCGGGACGUAUACUUACCAAGGGUGCUAUGCAGACAACGUCAACGGAAGAGCCCUGCCCCACCAGCAAGCGGUUGCGAACGCAACCGUCGAUAAAUGCACGGCUGCGUGCAAGGAUGCAGGUUAUAACGUUGCUGGCCUGGAGGCUGGACGGGAGUGCUGGUGCAACCUCCAGCUCCCUUCGACCCCAAAGUUGAACGACAACGCCUGCGCAACGGCGUGCACGGGCAACACUAAUCAGCUGUGUGGAGGAACCAGUAAACUGACUGUCUAUUCUGCUAUUGUCUUGUAG